AAUAAAUAAAUAACGUAAGAGUUCAACUAUGGCUGGACCAAAGUACUAUACAAUGAAACUACAGCUCCCAGCAUUCACUUCUUUCGUCUCCUCGACCUCUUUUCCUAAACUACUUCCGGUUUGUCUUACAUGCUACAGUUGCAGUGAAAACACUCCAACAACGCGUGUAGAUAUUGUUUUUCUUUACUCAUUGCGCUGUAAAUGUAGUGACAUGCUCGUCAAUCGCUGGUUUCGACUGUGCUCACUGUGUAGCCGUGUAGUUUACAGCAGUACAGGAAUAAGAGGAGGAUGGAGGACACUGCCAGGACACACCAGUCUGAAAUAUGCUAACAUUACAGAGGUGCCUUACCGGGGCACAGUAGAAUCAAAACGUCUCAGUCACAGCGAUCUGGGGGACUUGUAUCAGAGCGAGUCUUUCCAGAGGUACCUUCAGCAACUCAUGGGGGAGUACAGAGACCUCAGCGAGAGGUUACAACAUGUUUAUCUCAACGAGUCUGACAGAAAACAGCUUAUAAAGAAACACACAGAGCUGCUGCCUCUGGCAAAUAUAUUUGGUAGUAUUGAACAAGCCCUUAAAGACCACGAGGAAGUCUUUUCACUACUGAAUGGUUCAGCUGGUACCAAAGAUGAAGACGAACAGCUCACCCAGUUGUUAAAGGAGGAGGAAGGGCAAAUCUCCAGCAAGAUUUUGGCUUUGAGAAAAGAUUUGAUCAAAGCACUUGUGCCCACUGACCCUCUUGACUCCAGUAAUGUCUUGCUGGAGGUCGUAUCAGGACGAACAACAGGAGGUGACAUCUGUCAGCAAUUCAGCAGAGAAAUGUUUGACAUGUACCAGGGUUUUGCGUCUUACAAGAACUGGGACUUUGAGGUUUAUAACUACACACCUGCUGAGUAUGGGGGUUUGCACCAUGCAGCGAUACGAAUAACCGGGGACAAUGUGUACAGACACCUGAAGCAUGAAGGAGGAACACACCGGGUGCAGAGGAUCCCUGAGGUGGGCCUCUCCUCCAGGAUGCAGCGUAUCCACACAGGAACCAUGACUGUUAUUAUUCUGCCUCAGCCAGUGGAGGUUGAUGUCCACAUCGAUCCAAAGGAUCUUCGCAUUGACACAUUCAGAGCUCGAGGUGCCGGGGGCCAGAGUGUCAACACAACAGACAGCGCAGUGCGCGUCGUUCAUCUCCCCACCGGCAUAACAGCUGAAAGUCAGCAGACUCGCUCUCAGCUGCAAAACAGAGAUACCGCCAUGCGUGUGCUGAGGGCCCGACUCUACCAGAGCAUGAUGGGUAAAGAUACUGAGCAGAGGCAUACUGCACGAAAGCAGCAGGUGGGUACACGCUCUCAGUCAGAGAGGAUUCGCACCUACAACUUCAGCCAGGAUCGUGUCACAGACCACAGGACUGGAUAUGUCACAAGAGACAUUAAGGAGUUCAUGAGAGGAGGGGCGGCUCUCGAUGACCUGAUCUCUGACGUACUUGAACACGCAGAGAGGGAGUCUCUUCUCGAGAUGGUGGAGAGCAGCAGCGGCAGUCUGAGACAACCAGAGUCUGGACAAUCUGCAGACUGAUGCACAAAACAGCUUCCUGUCAGGUGGACUGAACAUGCAAUAUGUGGUGUAGUGGAUGAUUUUCUCCAACACAUCCUACGGUACUGUGACUGCAUACCAGGACUGAAAAAUAUAUUAUAUCAUCAUUCAUAUUGAAAUUUACACUUAUGCAAUAGUCACAUUGCAAAGGAUGCAUACAUACAUACAUAAGAGGAACUGCAACCAUUGCUCAUAAUAGAUUUUUAUUUUUGUAAUAAAAUAUGAAAUUAUA